CAAUAUUCCUAUAAAUAAAAAUUCAAUACAGUUCCCCCCUCCCCCCUCCCCAAAACAAGGACAAUCGCUGACCGAGACAUUCACUACGGCCCAGCCCUAUCAGGGGACUCGGAAUUCGCGCGCUGGUAUGGCCAGGGGUAGUAGUUUGGACCCCCGAAGACGUCUCGACUCGACAAGAGAACCCACCCAGCCUACCGAGGCAACAAUACUUAUUAGACUACUUACGUACCGCCACACCUCCCUAUUCAUUUGGUGGGCGCUGGUAGGGCUCCCCUGGUGUGAGCUGGGCUUCCUUUUAUCUACUAGCUACCGCCCGUCCUUGCCGCCUCGGAAGGGUUAAAGAAAGAAUAAAAACAGAGAAAAUAUCGUAUACCAAUAUCUACCUCCCGCGUCGAUAUCCGAUCACGCGCGGGCGGAUUUGCCUUCCUGGCUGAGAAGCAGAAGCAGGUUUUGUCGGUAGACAGGACAGAAUCGUACGAGCUGUGUGAUGCUUCGUGCUUCUUGAGCAUAGCUGAGCUGGGAUGCUGAUCUAGCAACAACUUCUCGUCAAUCAAGAGAAGAUCGAUCAAUUGAAACAUGCCCGUUCCUCUUGCACUCUCCGUGCCGGCGCUGGCCGCCGGCCUCGCCUAUCUCAACGCCAAAACCGGCUUCUGGUAUGAUGUAGGUCUGCUGCGCGGUACGUUUAGGGCCCUCAUACGUGAGCGCUAUCGGGAGUCGAAGGAUCGCUGUAGUUCCUUCUACGUCCUCGAGGAAUAUGCGACAAACACGUCCUCGAGAGACCGGCUGUUCAUCCUCUUCGAGGACAAGUCGUGGUCCUUCGCUCAGGUAUACGAAAUGGCGUUGAAAUACGGCAAUUGGCUGAAGACAAAGUACGGGAUCAAGCCGAAGGAUGUCGUUGCCAUGGAUCUCCAGAAUUCUGACCAUUUCGUCUUCAUCUGCUUCGGACUGUGGGCCAUCGGGGCGACGCCGGCUUACAUCAAUUAUAACCUGGCCGGCCAGCCCUUGAUCCACUGCGUGAGGACGGCACAAUCCGUACUCAUGCUCGUCGACCCCGAGGUUGCGGAGCGCGUCGACGACAGCGUCCGAGAGCAACUGGGAGGUCUUCGCAUCGAGCUUUUGACGGAUGAGCUCAAAGCCGAGGUGUCUGCGGGCGAAGCGGUUCGGCCGCCAGACUCUGUGCGGUCAGGCCGGUUAAGCAGGGAUUUAGCAAUCCUCAUCUACACUUCCGGCACGACUGGGUUACCGAAAGCAGCUAUUGUUUCCUGGAGCAAGUUGGCGUUGUCCGGUUCGUUUGCCGGCGGCUGGCUGCGUACGAAACCGUCUGACGUGUUCUACACGUGCAUGCCGCUUUACCACAGCUCUGCUACCCUCUUGGGGAUGUCCCAUUGCUUAGAAGCCGGCGCCACGUUUGCGAUAGGCAAGAAGUUCUCGACCAAGACGUUCUGGAAGGAGGCUCGACAGCAUAAGGCGACCAUGGUCCAAUACGUAGGAGAGACUUGUCGAUACCUCCUAGCAGCACCGCCCGAGAUCGAUGCCGUCACGGGUGAGAACUUAGAUAGGAAGCACAGCAUACAGGUAGCGUUCGGCAACGGCCUACGCCCGGACAUAUGGGAAAAGUUUCGAGAACGAUUCGGCAUCGAAAACAUUGCCGAGUUCUACGGGGCGACGGAGGGCUUCUUGGCGAUGUGGAACCUUUCUCGGGGCGACUUUUCGAGCGGUGCUAUCGGCCGCUUCGGGCUACUCUACUGGCUGUUCGUAAGGUCAAUGCUGAUCAUCGUCGCCCGGGACCCCGAGACCGACGCCCCGGCUCGCGAUCUGACGACGGGUUUCUGCCGACAAGUUAAAAGCGGCGACGUCGGCGAGAUGCUGCUCGCCCUCCCUACCGACGUGACGAAAUCGUUCCAGGGGUAUUACAACAACCCCCAGGCGACGAAUAGCAAGAUCAUCCGCGAUGUGCUUAAGAAGGGCGACGGUUACUUCCGAACCGGAGACCUCGUGAGCCUGGACUCGGAAGGGCGGGUAUACUUCCACGACCGCAUCGGCGACACUUUCCGGUGGAAGAGCGAGAAUGUCGCGACGACGGAGGUGGGUGAGGCGAUGGCGACGCACCCGGCAGUAGGGGAGGCCAACGUAUACGGCGUGCAGUUGCCGAAUCACGACGGGAGGGCCGGGUGCGCGGCCCUCACGCUGGCGGCAAACGAGCGGCCCGACAGCGCGCUGUUGCAGUCGCUGGCGCAGCACGCGCGUAGCAAGCUGCCCAAAUACGCGGUGCCGAUCUUCCUGCGUGUCGGUAAGGGGACAACCGUCGCAGUCACGGGAACCAACAAGCAGCAGAAACACCAGCUGAGGACGCAAGGCGUAGACCCGGCGCUGGUCGGGGACGACGAGUUAUUCUGGCUCGAGGAUAACAAGACGUACGUGAGAUUUGGAAAGCGAGAGUGGGAUCGGCUGAAUGCAGGUCAGGUGAAGCUCUAAUUCCAAGCAAUGGGUAGGAGGGAGGAGCUAUACGGGCAGAGGAUGCUCGGGACAAUAUCCGACAUGCCUCGACUCUUUUCGAUUCUCCACCAUAUCAUGGACGGUAUAAUGAGUACAUAAUUAAUAUAUAUGUAUAUAUAUAUACAUACACAUACAUAUAUAUAUCAGCUGUAGGGAUGCUGUCCGAGAUUACCUGUCAGCAUUAGGCACAUACCUAGGUAUCUACUUGCAUAUUUGGCCCGGCUGGAGGCUGGUGCCUUAUCGAGCCCGUCCUUCUCUGUCUGCCUCCCUCUGCGUAGCUUUGCUCGAAUGUACGUCGGGUUCUUCACCCGGUGAACAACUCGCCGUGCCGUGGACUAGAACAGGUAGGAAGAGAUCCGGACAGUUAGUUGAGUACUGGUAAGGAGGCUC